ACGACAACUGGCAACAAGCUUCGAACGAUACCAGCUUACGAACGAAACGAAGAUCACAGAAGGUGAUUUCAAGCUGAUCGUGUGUAAAAAUGUUCCGUGUUUACUUAUCAGUUAACCGCAUAGGAAGGCACCAUUUUAUCUCAUUAAAGAUCGAAUAAGCACAAGCCGUAUUUGAAUGAACUUGCUACCCUUCACAUCCGCUAACGACCAACUCAACCAAAUCGACGACAGGAUGUCAAUCGGAAACAAGGAGACCAUCCUGCAGGCGGUACUGCUGGCGCUGGUGGCCACCCUGUCCUGGGGCGGGCCCUUCCGCAGAGGUCCCGCCGCCGGCGCCAUCCUGCCCGACCGUCAUCACGUGACCGAGCACCUGGAGGGCACCAUGGACCAGCAGAGCGUCCAAAACAUCAGCGACGAUGAGCUGAGGUACCAUUAUUUCCAGUCACACGACUUCGACGGCAACAAGGCUCUGGAUGGCCUAGAGAUGCUCAAGGCCGUCCUCCACGCGCCACUGAAGACAGCCGAGUCAGAAUCUGAUCCGUCCGAGGCGACCUCGACAGAGGGUCACAAGGACGGUGGCGCAGACCCGAUGGAGUCAGCACAGUUCUUCGUAGACGUCAUUGACCGGGUUCUGAGUGAAGACGACGGGAACAAGGACGGCUUGCUCAGCUACGCCGAGUUCGUGCUGGCGAACGAGCGGGCUUCGGACCGGAUGCGGGAACGAGAACUGGGUCAAGAGCUGGACAGCGAACGGCAGCAGGAGGAACAGCAGGGAGACGAUUACACCAGCACCCAGCAAACACACCAGUGAUAAGAACGGCUGUGAAUUUCCGGACGGCCGGCCAGUUGUAUCCGGUUUUGGCAGCAUUGCACUGAAUGGUCGGCAUCAUGUGGUUUUCUCAUGUACAUUCUCACGUCGUUAGGAUAAAAACGAGAAAGCUAGGGCAUGUGUCAACGAUGUUACAUUCUUGUAAGUUGAAUCAUUCCAUUUCAUCUUCGUGCCAUGCCUUGUCUCAUCUAGUGAUACCUGGCAUCUUGAGCUGAUAAUUGCUGAUAAUUGCCCACGUGUACACCUUCUCCGUCGUUGUUCUUCCAUCGGUACGUGCCUUACAAUGAGCGCAAAAUACAUGCAAUAUGGCA